UGGAAGGAAGCACAGGCGGAGGCCCGAGCGCUCGAGCUUGAUAAUCUUCGCUCCGAACGGUUCUCAUACAUCCUAGACCGCCUCCGUGAAGAUGGGUGGGGGGCCGAAUUGAACUAUAUGAGUGAAUUGGGCAUCUACGCUUUCCGUGAACAGCCAUAUGUUCGCAAGCCUGCCAAGCUGACCGAUCGAGCAUGGGCCAAUAUUCGGGAAGAUGCAUACGCCUUCAUGGAUGAGAUACGACAAAAACGUCUCUUCCAAGUAUACCGUGGCAUCCUACAGGCCAGAUUCGAAGAGAUAGCGCAAGCUCUCGCGAUUCAUCGUCCUCCCGACAGACUCCGAAUUGCCGAUGGCGACAUGGACCCACUUCUGGUCGACUUCAUCCUCAUGCCCGAAGUCCGGGCCCUCUGCGAA